CGCAUGUUCCGGGUACAGUUCAGUGGAGAGUCCAAGCAGCAGGCGCUGGAGCACUGCGGCAGCUGUGUGCAGAGCCUGGCCCAGUACAUAACCGUGCAGGUGCCCGACGGGAACAGCCGGGAUCCUGGCCCACUGAGAGCAGGUGGAAGCGGCGGGGAGGGCUGUAUGCCAAGCAUCCCGCUGCAGCACCCAUCACACCGGCGGCUGGAGCAGCAGCAGUGUGCCCCAGGAGGAAGGACCUCAGUGACCCAGUUAGCUCAGUCUCUCCUGGCGUCAGAGGAGCUGCCCCUUGUCCACAAACAAUCUGCAUGGAAUGCUGAAGAGUUAGGCUCCUUUCUCCGAUGCUGCCUCAUGGAUCAGAAUUUCCCAGCAUUUGUGGAAGAGGUAGAAAAAGAACUAAAAAAACUGACGGGGUUGAGAAAUUAACACUCUGUGUACAUAUAGAACUAAGAAACUUGAAAGCAUUGAAAAAUGCUUCCUCCUUAAGACUAGAAUAAAGACUAUUAUUCCAAACAUCUUUUAUCAAUGUUUUAUUUUUAAAAACCGGUGAAUCCACUUUUCUAUACAUCAUUGCACAUCAACAAUUACACAAAACAUGAGUACAUGCACCUACGGUUACAUACUGAGUGAGAGAACCCUAUUGAGUGAGAAAAAUCUACACUCAACCAUUAAAUCAAUGUGAAAAAA